AAGUUGUUGACUUUUGGCGCAUGGGCAAACGGAUCCGGGGAGGUAGUAUAAGAUGGCGGAAUGAACGGAUGUGACUUCCUAAAGAUGUUUUAAAUGUCCGAUCUCACAGCUACUUAUAUUCCAAAAUAUUCAUUUUGUCUAAAUCCCACCAAACGGAAGUUGAGUUGGGAGCGACGGAGUGUGACCUGAAGUGAAGAUUGAAGUCGUGAUAGAAGAUGGACGACUACUGCUAUGCUAAGAUGGCGACGUCAUGUCAAAGAGAAAGUGAAAGACAAUCAGCAACGGAGAUAAAGAUAAAAACCGAGGAUGAAGGUGAGCGAGAAGAAGAUUCCAACGAAGAAAAAAAUCCGACUGAAAAGAGCGUUGACGAAAAGUUAGCCGACUAUGUUGAAGAAUGUCAAGAAAGAGCCGCCAUGAUUGUUAGCUUGAAGAAGGCAGUGGAGUUCACAUCAGAGGAGAUGAAAGAAUGCAAAAGUCUAAUGAAGAAAGUGGAAGAGCAAAACAAGCGCUUGUGUAAAGAAAAUAAUGAUGUGAAAGAAGAGAUGUUGUGGAAGAGUAAGAGAUGUGCAGUGUGUGAAGAGAAGACUGGACCACAUGUCUACAUCAACCUGCAGAGGACUGCAGAGAUCCAUCAUCCAGAAGAGCUUCCCCCUCAGCUAGAGGGGGAGAGUUCCACUUUGAAGCAGGAGACUCCACAACCACCCUGCAUUAAAAAGGAAGAGGAGGAACUCUGCAUCACUCAGGAGGCAGAGUCUCUGGAUGAAGCUGAUCUCUCCAAGUUGCCACUAAAUGUUGUCUCGGGGAAGACUGAAGAUGAUGAGGAGAAACCACAAGGAGACAACCUCUUAGCGCCACUCUCAGAUAGUGAGGCUGACGACGAGGUUGAAGUGUCUUUGAGCAGCGAUACAGACUGUGAAGGUGACAUGAGGACUCACACUGACAACAAACACUCAAAAAAGAAGAGGGGUAAAAAAAGUUUGAGCUGCUCCGUUUGUGGUAAAAACUUAAGUAAAGAAAGCCUUUUAACUCAACACAUGAGAAUGCACACGGGGGAAAAACCGUUUAUCUGUUCAGUUUGUGGCAAAAGCUUCACUUUGAAGAGCAACUUGACGGAACACACGAGAACGCACACUGGUGAAAAACCAUUUAGUUGUCCGGUUUGCGCAAAAACCUUUACUCACAGGAGCUGCCUGACUCAACACAUGAAAACACACACAGGGGAAAAACCAUUCAAUUGCACAGUUUGCGCAAAAAGUUUCAUUUCGAAACCAAGUUUGACGCUACACAUGAGAAAGCACACAGGAGAGAAACCGUUUCAUUGUUCAGUCUGUGGUAAAAGCUUCACUCAGAAGAGCCACUUGACUGAACACUUGAGAAUACACACCGGGGAAAAGCCAUUUAACUGUUCAGUUUGCGGUAAAAGCUUUUCUGUAAAGUGGAAUUUGACUCAACACAUGAGAACACACACAGGAGAAAAAACUUUCAAUUGUAUAGUUUGUGGUAUAAGCUUUUUUCAAAAAGGAAGUUUGACUAAACAUAUGAAAAGGCACACUGAUGAAAAUGAGUUUAACUGUUUGGUUUGUGGUAAAAAGUUUAGAACCAAGAACCAUUGGACUGAACACAAGAGAACGCACACUGAAAGUAAAAAACAUUGAAUUACUCAGUUUGUGCUAAAAGCUUUUCUCCUCAAACCUGGUUACUGAAACACAUCGGACCAAAACCAUUUAGUUGUUUAGUUUGUAGUAAAAAAUCUUCUCUAAUAAGCAAUUUGACCAAACGCAGUACAGUGCACGUGGGUGAAAAAACUUGCUAAGUUUGAUGCCAAACUAUAAAGGAACAUUUAGUCUCCUCACAUGAGUAAACACACUUGAGAAAAAAUAUUUAGUUAAAUUUGAAAAAAAAAAUAGUUUUAAUAUAUAUAUAUAUAUAUAAAGUAGGGUUGAACAGUAUACUGGUACUAGUAUAGUAUCGCGGUGCUAAUGAAUCAAAAACGGUACUAUGCUCUGUUUGAAAAGUACCGGUUCGCCAUAUUUCUUUUUACAGGCAUGAUGACGCGUCGUUUUUUACGAGAAAAGGAGCAUGUUCGGCAGUGCACAUCCCUGCAGGGCGAGGAAUAUCUAAACAUGCUUCACUACACACCGUAGGAGGAUACAAUACAAACAAAUGCUAUGGUGGAUCUACACUGUAAUGAUACCAAGUACAAGUGCAUAUUUAGUCGAUACUACUACGAUUACAUCGAUAUCUUAUAUAAGGCGUACACCUGUACCCUUGUACAGUGUCGCCACGCUCUGACGAAAGAUUGUACGCCUCUUUUAUUUGGACUUUCCCUGAUUUCAUGGCAACAGCUCUUUCUAAGGGAGGGGGGUCGUAAACAGCCAUCGCCUUUGAUUACAAAACAGUUAAAAGAAAAGUUUGUCUGGAGGGGAGUCUGGUUUUGCUUCCUCUCCGCUUUGUAGUUCUCGGGUCAAGACAAAAUCUUUCUGUGGAUUACAAUACAUCAAAGAAACAGAACACCUCCGUGUUGCUUCCCAUCCUACACAGCGGAGUUUCACGAGCCUUCUUCUCGGUUGGAUCAAAGACAGCCUUUGUCCUCUCGCAGGUCGAGCUGAACUCAAUGUAACAUAAAGUUUUGUGACAACUUAGAUACAAUUAUUCUGACAUAGACAAUGACCAUGUGGUGUCCUCUUUUGAGACAUUCAACUUUGUAUUAUUGUGUUCUCUGUAAAUAUAUGUGCCACAACCUCCUACUGCAGGGGUCGGGAACCUUUUUGGCUGAGAGAGCCAUGAAAGCCAAAUAUUUCAAAAUGUAUUUCCGUGAGAGCCAUAUCAUAUUUUUUUAACACUGAAUACAACUAAAUGUGCAUUUUUAAGUAAGACCAACAUUUUUAGAGUAUAAUAAGUCUAUUCUUUUUAAUAACAUUGUUAUUCUGAAGCUAAACAAUAAUAAAUAAAAUGUCAUGUCUGUU